AUGAUAAUUAAAUUAUUUGAAUCGAAAAUAAAAUAUCUGAUAGUUGGUCUAUUCUUAGGAAUAUUUAUUACAACAUUAUUACCUAAAUUAUUUAUAAAAAGUACAUGGGAGAAGAAUAAACAACAAAUUGAUCUUGCUAAUAUAAAAAAUGAAUAUAAUUUUAUUGAAUAUUCUCAAUGGCCACCAUUUCUAACUGAUCCAACAUUUGAUUUAACUUUAUGGCGUAAACAUUGUUGGAUAAAUCAAAUAUCAUUACCUACUCAAGAUACAAAAUUAUAUUAUAAAAAAAAUUAUACUGCAUAUAAUGUUUGUAAAGAUGUGAUAAGUUUAAUUAAUUCGAUUUAUAAUAUGAAAACAAAUAUUGCUAAAGUAGAAUAUCCAGAAACAUUUGCACAAAAAAUUAGAAAAAUAUUUAAUUAUGAUAAAACAUUAUAUGCUAAAGCACUUGAACAGGAACUUUAUUUUGUUAUGAACAAAUACACAUUUGAACAUACAGUUUAUAAUCCACUUCGUGGUCGUCGUCCUAUUCAACCACCUGAAGUACCUAUUGAACAAUAUUUAAAUGAAACAAUAGAAAAAACAUCUCAAAAUUGUGAUUUAUGUAAUUAUCAAAAUAUGACAGCAAUCGAUAGUCUUGGUCGAAUGGAAAAUCGAUAUGCAUAUUCAGCAGCUAAUGCAUUUAAAUUUGAUCAAUGGCAUUCAAUGUUUAUGCCAAAACAACAUGAUAUUACAAAAUUAACAUUUGAAGAAUUAAAAGAUAUUUUUACAUUAGCUUGGAAAUGGUUUCAAACUGUUCAUAAACAAUCACCAUCACAUCGUUUUCCUACUCUUCUUUGGGAUAGUUUACCACAUGGUGGUGCUUCACAAGUACAUCCACAUAUUCAUGCAACUCUUCAUUCAGAUCAUUAUUAUGGUCAAUUUGAAUCAAUACGUUUUGCAUCUGAACGAUAUUAUCGUGAAUAUAUAAAUAUUAGUAAACAUGGAAAAAAAAAUUUUUUUCGUACAAUACAAGAUAUUCAUAUGGCAUUUAAUUUAACAAUAUCAUUCAAUGGUAUUACAGUUCUUAUACCUAUUACAUCACGCAAAGAAUAUGAUAUAAUUGUUUUAGCAGAAAAUUUUGAUGAACGAUUUAUUAAAGUAAUUUAUCAAAUAAUUCAAGGUUAUUUUAAUAAAUUAAAACAAUUUAGUUUUUCUUCAUGUUUAUAUUUACCACCAUUAUCACCAAAUCAAGAUGAUAGUGGUUUAACUCCUGUUUAUUAUCGUAUUAUACCUCGUGGUCAAAUAUCUAGUCUAUUAUCGGAAAUCUCAAGUCUUGAUUUACUUUCUAUACAUAAUGUGAAUAAACUACCAGCAGAUCUUUUUGCAGAAAUAAUAACAUGGUUUCAAGAAAUAUAA